ACAUGGUGGGAAACGUGAUGAUAGAAAUGAGAACGAGUAUUAAUCUCGAAAACGAUGAAAUGAGGGGGAUAAGAAACACUCCCUGCGGGUUUUGCUCAAAGGGAUUUGUCCUUUUUCCCAAUGGCGCGGUGACAAGCUACUGCACAUAAGGCACGCUGGGAGACCGCCAAGUUAGUUUUGGGAUAUAGGCAACGAUGCUGACCACGGCGGCAAUCCCCUUGUGGGUUCUCCCUCCCACGCCGACCGGGGCCCCCGGCUUGCUGCCUUCCCGGAGAAAUCCCUUUGUGAGUCUUCUUGUGGCAAGGAGGCCCAAACGAUUGAAGUCUUGGUCGGGUAAGAAAGGAAUCAUCAGUGGGCUUCUGCCCGUCGACCCAUGGGCACCAACGGUUGAUUCCCAGAGCAUCGCUUCCCAACUCUUUGCUGCCUCUCUUUUCCCCUAUCUUGGGUUCCUUUAUUUCAUCACCAAGUCGGAAACUUCUCCGAAGCUCACGCUCUUUGGCUUCUACUUCUUGCUUGCGUUUGUUGGUGCUACGAUUCCAGCUGGUAUUUAUGCUAAAAUCAACUAUGGAACCUCCUUGUCAAAUGUUGAUUGGCUACAUGGCGGUGCUGAAUUUUUGUUAACCCUGACAAAUUUGUUCGUUGUGAUUGGACUGAGAGAAGCAUUAAGGAAGUUCAGAAGAGAAACAGGAGAAGAAGCAUCAAAAGCCAGUUCAAAAGCUGAAGAGAAGCAAACCUCAGCCUAAUGUUGAAAAGGACCCAGUGAAAAGAUUACUCUGUGCUGCCAUCGAAAACCUCAUUAAAUGUAAGAAUGAGGUUGUGCUUGCUCAACUCCCUCUUCGAGGCCAUGUGUUCAUUUUCGAUCUGUUGGACUUAAACAAGCCGUAGCCUCAUCUAUUGUUCUAUUGUUCUUUUGCUUGGCUUUCAUCCACUAUGACAGUUAUUGCCAUUUAAUCAAAUUUCUACCCCAGG